GGCUCGAGCCACAGGCUCCCGGUAGUCCAGUAGACGCUCCACGCCAGCCGGCUUCCCCGCAGACCCAGCCACCAUGGGUGACGACGAGGAGGAGACCACCAUCGCCGCCGCCCAGGUCGAAGAAGAGGAGGUCACGGACCUCAUGACCGCCGUCAGGAAGGUCCUGAAGAACGCCCUCGUGGUGGAUGGCGUCAUCCGAGACGCGUGGUGGUCGCCAAGCACAUCGACGCGGGCAAAGCUCAGGUGGUCUUCCUGGCCGAGUCUUGCAACGAGGCGACGUACAAGAAGCUGGUGCAAGGAGCCUGUGCCUCGAGAAGAACGUGCCCCUCAUCGACGUGCCAGACAACAAGUCCCUGGGGGAGAGUGGGCCGGCCUCUGCAGGAUCGACAAGGACGGCCUGCCCCGCAAGGUGGUCGGCGCGAGCUGCGUGUGCGUGACCGAGUACGGCGAGGAGGGCAACGGCUACGAGUACAUGACGAACUACCUCGCCAAGUAAGGACCGAGCUCUCCGCGCCGGGGCGGCACGCCCGUGGGGCCGCGGCAUCGGGCCGCGGGCCCGGGCGCUUCCGGCCAGGGCGGCGCUGUUGCUGGCGUGCGGCGGCAAGUCGGGGGAGAA